GCCAAGUUUUGGUCAGCUCGUCCUUCGCUCGUCACCACCUUUGAAUGAGCUCAUCCUCGCGCUUUACGCGCGGUGAUGCAGUUUCACCUUCAGCUUGGCUGCAGGCACUGACUGCGCGCACAGAUGGAGAUGGAAGAUUUCAAAACUCCGGCCCGAUUAUUUCACAAGUCUUCUUUCAGCAUCAGCAGUUUGCUGUGGAGAAAAGAAGAGAUGAUGGGUGACCAGGAGUCCCCUUCUUCUCCUUCCCUGCGUUCUGAGAAAACUAACCAAGAGGAGAACUUUGACAGAGACGAGAGCUGCGAACAAUCCAAGCGGAGUUCCAAACCAGACAUCAAAGCACCGAAACGAGAGGAAAAUAAGAGGGAAACAAAGAAAACGGGAGAAGAAGAAAGCGUGAAGCCUGAGAAACCUCCGUUUAGUUACAACGCGCUCAUCAUGAUGGCGAUCCGCCAAAGUCCAGAGCGACGGCUCACCCUCAACGGCAUCUACGAAUUCAUCAUGAACAACUUUCCUUACUACCGACAGAACAGACAGGGCUGGCAAAACUCCAUCAGACACAACUUGAGUCUGAACAAGUGUUUUGUUAAGGUGCCGCGACACUACGACGACCCCGGUAAGGGCAACUACUGGAUGCUGGACCCCUGCAGCGACGACGUGUUUAUCGGAGGAACGUCUGGGAAGCUCCGACGCAGAGCCGCCGCAAGUUCAAGAAGCAAACUUGGUUUGAGGAGAGGUGGAGGGGGUCGACUGAUGCCCCCAAACACGGCAGCCAGCGUUACCUUAGCCGCAGCGAGCUCAUUUUACUGGCCGGUUCCGCCGUUCCUGCCUCUCCAAGCACCGGUGCGCGCCCACAUCAGCGCGGGGACCUACAUGCGGGGCCAGCCGCGCCUGUCCAACCACGCUUCCCCGGUGGUUUCUCAGAGAGUCCGACUGAGCGCGUGCGCCCCUGACACGGAGCGCUUCGUGCGGACUCGCCAAGAGAUGUCCUACAUUGGGGUGAGCUGCGCGCAGCCCCGUCGCCAUCAGAUCGGCUCCGCUUGCGCAUCCUUCUCCGCCACUUCCAUCCCCGCGUGCACCCUGCCGCUGUCAGACCCGUGUUCAUUUAACAUGAUCUCCGGACAGGCCAGCUACUUUUACUCCCACCAAAUCCCAUGCGCAGCUGCAUUUAGUCCGUGUCUAGAGGAGUGCGGCCCUUCCAAGAUGGGACAGCUUUUAUCCAAGAGUGGACACUCAGAACCUGGAGGAUGCUCGACUGACUUUCCAAAUUACUGCCCUCAAGUCGGUCCAAGUCCUCCUUUUGGAGUAUGAAAAAACUUUUAAAUAUAAAGAACAUGAAUGUAGCAUUUAGGAGGAAAAUCUAACGAAAUCAAACGUCUAAACUUGCAUAGCCUGAUAAUGUUGUUAUGGACCAAUAUCAUACUUUUUAUCUGUUAUUGUAUACAGGAGGAUUAAAAUUCACCUUAGAAAUGUUUUUAUGCCAUGCAGAUUGUUGUAAAAAGAGGCCAAUUGCAGUUACCCCAUUCUCAAAUGCUGAUUUACGAUUUUUUUUUUGUAUCAAAAGUUCCAACAAAUGCGCAAAAAUCUAUUUGAUAAAACAUAAAUUAGACAAAUGAAACGGCACAAAUAUAAAAACUGUCAUAUUUCCUGUUAAUUUAUUGUCUCUUAUUGUUUUUCCACCAAUUUGUUUGCUGUAUAUGGCCUAUCUUUUUGUGCGCAUGUUAUUAAGGUGUCUAUAUGUCAUAGCAAAACGACUAUCAAUGAGGAAAUUUUUCACUUGUGAUUCCAUUUUGUUCCCUCAUAUAUUUUAGGUCCAAUUUUUUUUAAAGCAGCAGGUAAAAUUAAUAAAUAUAGAUACAUUACUUAACAAAAAAUAAUCGAAUAAAUCAGAAGUGCCAGCAGGAUUGUUCAUUAAAAAAAUUACUGAUUGUGUAAACAUCAGGAAAUCAGAAUUGUUCAUUUGCUAACCUUAUUGGGUUUCUUCAUUGUUGCGACUAAAAAGAAAUAUAUUGCAUUCCUAUAUUUUAAU